CUGCUGUGAAACGUCGGCGUGUUUACCGUGUUUGAUGUAUAGCGCCGCGGAGAGGAAGGCCGACGUAUAAAGCCUCGUCGAUAAACAGUGCGAAAAUCGGGACGAACCAGAGUAUAUACUGUGUUUAUCGUAUCAUAUAUAAUAUGAUAACUCGUUGAAUCCGCGAGUGUCAAAUCGUACGCGGGUACAGCGAAGAUACACAACAAUUCAUGUUCAUUGUCCACGCUUGGUCCUGAUCGAUCGAAUCAUUCCUCCCGCUGGUUCGAAAUUGUACGAAACUACGCAGAACUACGUCAUUGAGCGACAGCGUCGUUCGGAGAACCUUGAAACGUGCGCUUGACGGUUCUAUCGUAAACUUUUCGCGCUCUUUCGAUGUGAUCGAAAUUUAAAGGUACUUCGAGCGAGCUAAACGCACGGACUGUUCAUCCGUGAUAAUCGGAAGGUGAUUUGAUGCGUCAUGAUGCGAUAGAAAGAGAAGUGUAGUGCACUGUAAGAUGUAUAAAGUUUAGUUGGAGGAUAGUUUCGCAGAGGCGGCUUAAAGGCUGCGGGUACAUAUUCGGUUGUGGUUCUAACCACAGGUUGAGAACCCUUAAAAUGUUUCGUAGCCCGAACCCGAAGGCGAUGUCCAGUGCGCCGCGCUGCAACGAAUGGGGCUGUUUUCACUUUGGUGGUUGUUGUUUCUACGCUGCCGAUGUAUCCUGUGAUUCGACGGUAACGAUCCUCGGUGAUAAAACGGCGACGUGCGAGUAACGUGUCCGGGAAAGGCGAUAUCCUGCGAUUACGUGCAUCGUUAUUAUUGCGCUCGAAGGUGCGCGCGCGCGCGCGCGCGUGCACACACUACAUCUUGUAUGUACACACGCUCGAGAGGCGCAACGAUCUUCGCCUAUGUGUACGUGUGUUUGUGGCGGAGCACCGUGAUAUGUGGAAAAGUGUGAAGUGAACGAAGAGAGAGAAGAAAGACGCGCGCGAGAAAGUAUAAUUCGUUCUCCUCGUCCGAUGUCCGAACAAUAAGAGAACAGAGUGGAAGUUUAAGACAACAACGCGCGUACGCGUGUGUUUUUCCCCACUCUGCUUUUCUUCACUCUAUCUUUUUUCCAUUUGUUCCUCUCGCGGACGCGUGUGUGUAUACGACCGUUGUGGUUUCGACGCGAGUGUGUGUGGCAGGUAGAGGAACAUCAAGGUAGCGAGAGGCAACGAAGCGGGAAGCGGCGUCGAACAAUUUUUAAACGUCGGUCCACGAACAUUCUGCUGGCCACGUUUAAUCAUUCUUUUUUGUAUGGACAAGUUGUGACACGACGGUGACGCGAUCGAAAGCAAUUCCACUGAAAAUGCGAUACGAGUUGUUAGGUCGUCUAGCGUAGUAUAUCGCCUAGCGGCGACGGGCCCAGAGAGAAGCGGCGGAAAAAUGGCGGCCGAUAACGAAGCCUCUUGCACGAGUGACCCAAAUUUCGCGGUGAUUUGCUCGUUUCUCGAGUGCUUCGGCAAGUCUUGCGGCAUCAUCUAUCCGGAUAUUUCACGGCUGCAAGAGAUGCUCGAGAACACGCAAGAGGUAUCACAACAAUUGAUUGAUCUUCACAUCAAAUUAUUACGAAAAACGCGUAAAACAGUGUCACCAGAAAAAUGGGAACGAGCAUUGGUUAAGUUCUGCCAUACAUAUUCCAAUCAGGAUGGAUGGGAACUUGAACGUUUUGGUUACAAGAAAGCCCGUAUUGCUGUUAAGCUCCGAUUACUUAAAGUUCUCCUAGAAACACAAUUUGAUUUGAAUCAAAAGUUUAAGAAUGAAGUAAAUAAACUCGCAGCCAAUGAGCUACGAGUGGAACCAUUAGGAAGAGACAAAACUGGUUUAGCUUAUUGGUGUCAGCUUGAUGAGGAGUGCAAUAUAAGGGUGUACAGAGAAGAUUUAGAUGAGGAGAAUUGGGAGCUCGUAGCUAAGGAUAGGGAAGGUGUAGUUAAUCUUAUAAAUACCUUGUCGAAUGGCGAAGUUGGGGAUAUUCCAAUCAAUGAGGAUAGCAACAGUUUAGAGAUCUCUGAAAAACCUAUUAUUGACACUGGACAAGUAACAACAUCGCCGAGUUUGGAAGAUGAAGUUGUGCAGGAGAACGGUAUUCAUGCUGAUGAAUCUGAGAAAGAAUUAGACAAGAGCGGAGAUGAAGAUUUUGACGACGAACAAGAUGAUAAUGACGAUAACGAGGAAGAUAUGGAAGGUGAAGAUGAGAUCACGAACGAUGAAAGUUCGAAACAAAACACUGAAGAAGAUGAUUCUCAACAAACAAUACAGAACGAAGUAAUGACACCAACUUCCAUCGAGACGAACCCCUUAGAAUCGGCAAGUCCACCCAAAACAUUGAACGGUAAAGUUGAUUCAGAAAAAGAAACUGUUUCAUCUCACGAGAGAGAACUAAAUGCUGUUCAGCAAACUGCAAUUACUGCUGCUGCGUCUAAUGACGUGAAGACGACUGUUGAAUCGCAUAAAACAGAAGAGCACACACCAGUGAGUAAUUUGAAAAUUGAUUCUGAAGAAUCAGUGCCUCUUAAAUCAAUCGGAACAUCUGUUAUCACAUCACCUCUUAAAUUAACGAACGAAAUCAAGCACGUAUACGAAGAAAAAGUAGUCACUGGAGUAGCUCCGGUUGCAACCGUAUUAAAUGUAACGAAGAAACACGAGGAGUCGAUAGAUGAAAUUAUGAAACCGCUGGAUAAAUUAUCUACUAAAAGUAAUUUUCCUUUUGCGUCUAUGGAUUUACCGACAAGUCAUAGUAAACUGUCUGUCAAGCCGAUUGACCAAUUGGCUGCGAAUCUUGUGAGGAUGCAAGCUGAAAAACUUGAAAAACCAAGCGGAACGAAAUCGUUGGAAAAGAUCGCAGAGAAUCUAGCAAGAGCGGGAAGUCUCGUUGGAAGCGUGAUGAACGGGGACGAUGACAGAAUACCGCAGGAUUUCUGUGCGAGAAGUCAAAUAGAAAAAACGAAUUCGCUGAGGGAGCACAGGGGUAUGGAUUUGUCGACAUCGCCCAGAGGAUGGGAAAGCGCAAGCGAACAGAGCAGGCCAGUGGAUUUCUCUGGAAUUGAUUUAUCUAGUCGGAAAUUUAAUAAAACUAUGGAUCUUCCAUCGACCGGGUACAGAGCACAAGAAUUUCAACACAGGGAAAUGGAUCUCAGUACGAAGAAAUUGAAUAAACCAGACGUUACGAAUUUACCGUACGACGCACGGGCUGUGAUGAUGCGUAAUCAUGCGAUGGUUGCAGACUUAAGUAAAAGACAAAUGUCGUUCCCUAGCUACGACAUGCCCUCUACCCCGUAUCAUAACGCUGCUAGAAUACCUAGCAAGGAAGAUCACAGAUUACCAAAUUAUACUAUACUCCCGGACCCGAGUAAGAUCACGGCUUUAAGAAUGAAUCAGCAACCGGUGAAGCGUCCAUUGGAAGGGGACGACAUACAACAAGACAUGCUGAAGAGAUUAAGAGCGGAUGUAAUACCGAUCAGAGGAUCGGUAAGAGGAAUAAGUAAUUGGAGGAACGAAGUCAGCGAAGCUAUCGAGGAACCGAUGAUGAUGAUUCAAGGUGAAGGAUCCGGUAGUGAUUGCGACGCGGUUAAUCCUGGACUUGGGGAGCCGGUUGAGGAACCUACCAUUUUUUUUUACGGCGAGGGAUCUGGAGAAGAAUGUGAAACGGGUAAUCCUGGCGAGAACACAUCGACCGAUGUGACCGACAAUAAGGAAAGCACCGAAUCGAAAAACGAAGCUGAUUCUGCUACUUCAUCUUUGUCGUCGAAUAAGACCGUGAACGAGGAUAGCCUCAUGAACGAAGUUUCCGCUGGUUCGUUGAUGACUACGAAAAAUGCCAUCAAACUGAAUAGAAAUUUUCCACAAUCCAGUGUUCGAAGUAAUCGUCAGAGUGUAGGUUCCAUGCAGGAGAAACCUAAGUUCAAACCGACGUUGGGAAUUCAAAUAAUACCAAAAAAUUCCAGUAGUCCUGUGAAGAGGAUAUCGAGAUGGGACGUUGGGAAACCGGAAGAGAAACCAGAAUGUGACAGUAGCAUCAUAUCAAAUGAAGAAGACAUAUCACAGAAGCAGAGUAAAACCGAGGAUAAGGAAUCGUCUAGUGAGAAUCAAGAUGUUCAAAUAGAUGCAAGUUCUGUAAGUAGUAAAGGUUCUAAUUCGGAGGAGAGGAUCGUAGAAACGGGAAACACGGGAGAGACUGUGGAAGAAAAACAAAAGGAAAGUCCAUCUGUGCAAUGUGAUUCGUCGAUAUUCUUGUGUCAAGCAGACACAUCCGAGACGCUUGAUUUUUGUACAGAAAAUACAUCCACAACGGUAUCGACGAACGAUAAAGAGAAUGUUUGCGACUCCGAUAGUGUAGACUCGCACGAAACGAAUACUUCCGGGAAGACGGAUAACGAAUGCAAAGCGGCGUCUUCAUCUCCGCCAAGAUUUUUUUUUGGGCCUAAUUGUAUAUCAUACACUUCCAAAGCAGAUAUAUUUGAAUCCCAGUCCGAUCAUACAGUUUCAACCACUAUAGAGUCAACGUCAGACACGCUGCAGUACGAAUGCGUUUCUUCCUCUAAACCAACGGAAGAUGUGAGUACUUCCUACAAAUCGGAUGACUUUGGUGUAUCUCAAAUGAAUAAUAAUUCGUUGAAAGUCAGCUCGUACGCACCUGAGACAAAUGCUCCUCUUCGCGAGGGGGACAUCAAGAACAAAGGCGGAAAUGAACAAACGGUUUCAUCGGAAUAUCCAGUAGAAGAAGAACAUUGUGCAGUGCCAAAAACGGAAAUGGAUGUAUCCGAUUCCGAAUCGAAAGAAGAAAAUACGAAAUCGUGCGCUGCAGAUGUACACGAUUCUAUUUCUAGCAGCGAAAUCACCAUGAACGAAUAUAAAAUAUCUGAAGAAACAGAGAUGUUAGACGUGACUUCGCAGCCUCACAGUACGAACGAUUUGAGUAAAGAGGAUAUUGAUAUGAAAAACGAUGAAAAUGUGACACCAUCCACAAUAGAAUUCACCCCAGCUAGUGAAUCUGUGCAGGAAGAAAACAGCAGUAUGCUGGAGGAGCAGAGCGAGCAGUUAGAUGUAGAAAAUGAUGCCACCAAAAGGCUAGAGGCAUCGGCUCCUUGCUCGGAGGAUGAAGCUGAUUGUAAAUCAGUAAUCAAGGAAACCGAACUAGAAACAGAUUCGAUACCUGUUAAAGAUUCGUGUUCAUCGUCUGUCGCACAUAAUUCUGAAUCAGAUAGGAAGAUAGAAAUUCCUACUUACGAGGAAGUGGAUAGUUCGGCAGGGAAAGAGAUGGGGCAUAAUUCAUCCGCUGAAAGUUCUAAACAGAAUGACAAAAAUGAUAACAUCGCAGAGUUUCAUAAUCAGGAGGUGCAAGCGACGAAUCCUGAUAACGAAAACUCGAGGACAUUAAUUGAUUCUGGGGAGCAUUCGAUGCAUGAUGAUGCGGAUAAUAAAAACAAUGAAAUUUCAGAAGAUUCUGAGGAAACGAAGAAUAAAACACUCGUUGAUUCAUUUAUCAAAAGCUCUGUGCCUGAUGUUAAUACUGAAUUAGAUUUCGCAGACAAUUCUACUGUUACUAGUUCGGAAUCAGUCGAACGAUGUAGCAAAGAUUCGCUAGUUCCUACGAUAAGUAGCUCGGACGAUGGUUGCACUGAUGGCACUUCGGUAGUGACCGAAGAUGUCAAAAUGGAACCAGAUUCCGAGGAGUCAUCCUUCAAAUAUGAAUGUCCUAUUUACAGUGUAGUACCAGAGACAGUACCUGACGAAAAUAAUAUUAAACCAUCCAAAUCUGACGCAGUCGAAGCUAAAGAAGAAACGAGUAUAUCUAAUAUAGUUGAAACUGUACCAUUAGAUAACCGAAGUUCCUCUGUUGAUCAAAAUUUCAAUACGAAUAUGAUUAUUGAUGAUAAAUUAUCGAAAUCCGAUGAACCUCUUAAAUUAGACGAAGAAAAUGUGUGUUCUAAUGAAAAUUUACCUCCUGGCGAGGAUACAUGUGUUAUUUCAUCUGAUGACACGAAUAAACUUGGUGCUGUUCUCAAAGAAGAGAAAACCGAGGACACAAAUUUAGACAUUCAGCAAAAUCUUGGAACGGAGCCUGUAAUUACGGAAAGUGAUGAAAAAAUUGAAGAUGAAGAUGAUAGUAUGGAUCAGUGUGAAGAUAUCACGAAACAUGAAGAAAAUGCUGAGAAGACUCACGAGCAAAAUUCUACAAGUAACGUAACAGAAACGGUAUGCAGUAGUGUCGAAAAUAAAAUACAAGAAGAAGAUUUGGCUGAGAAAUUAGAAAUGGAUGAACCAAAGUCGGAUCAAAUCGAGACAAAUUCUGUAAAUCAACAGGAAUCAGACGAGCUCAACCAGUCGUUAGUUGCAAAUUAUGAGAGUAACGACUCCAACGGUAGCGAUGAUAUCUUUGAGAUUUCGCAAACAGGGUCGAUCGAAAGUAAAAAUAAUUUGUAUACAAAUUCGGAAGAAACGGCGGUUAGCAAUCAGCAACAUGAAAAAGAGAGUAAUGAAAAUUUAAUUGUGAGGGACGAAGCACUAACCAGUGAUUUACGGAGUGUAGUCAGCGACAAACAGGAGUUAACACCAAAAGACAAUGUUGGAGAACUUUCAAGCGAAGAAGCCGAAUUUAAAGAAGAGGAAAUGAUCAGUGAAGAAUUCGUAGAUGAGGAUAAUAAGAUUGAAACUAGUGAACGUAAUUUGGAUGAAAAAUCAAUUGUACAUCAAGACAAGAAUUUGAAUAGCAUCGCGGAAAGUCUUUCUGUAGGAAAUACGAAAACGGACAUGCCACAAAUUUGUUCUAAAAUUGAACCAACAAAUAAGGAAAGUGUGAACUCGAUAUUAAUCAAAACGAAUAAUUUAAUGAACGAGAUAAGCGAGGAGGAGGAUAACGAUUUGAUAAAAUCUGCAGAGACAUUGAAGAAUGCAGCUUUUGAACGUGAAGACAAUUCUCAAGUUAUAGUUUCUAUCAAUGCGAUUGAAAAUGAUAAAGGAACGAAAGAGGGCAUUGAAUUUAACGAUAUUAAGAACGAAGCAACGUGUGAGAAUUUAAAGGAACAGUCUUUAAAACCAUUGGAAGAUAAAUUAAUUACGAGAUUAGACAAUGAUAUUAAAUCUAUUAAGAAUGAAGAAAGAGGAUGCGCUAUGGACGAAUACCCUUUUAUGGAACAAUGCAACAAGUUGAAGGAAAUCACAGAAUUCGAUGGUAAGGGGAAUAAGUUUGAUAAGCAUUUACAGGAUGAUGUAAAUAAUGAUUUUUCGCGAUGUAAUACAACAAUCAUGCACUCUACGCAAAAUAUUUUGGCACUUGACAAAUUUGACAAUAUGUCCUCAGGUAUAGAUAAAUCAGAACUGUAUAAAAAUAAUAUUUCGAACGUGCCGGCUGAUUUCAAGCCUAUGGAUAAUUCACAAUUUUUAAACUUUAUACCUGAAAAAUCGGAAAACUUGCAUAUUAUGGAUAAUCAUGAAACUCUUCACGUUAUCAGUAAGGGUAUAAAAACACUAACUGAGAAUACUAUUCCCAAUUUGACAGAUAGUUCAGCGAUUUUUAAUACACAAGAAACGUCAGAAUCAAGAAAUCAAGUGAUACACGAUUUUAAGAAAGAAGCUAGUAAAAGAUUAAGCGAUAUAUGCGAUAUUCAAGAUGUUCCUCCUUUAAAGUUGAAACCUCCGGAUGUAGAAGAUGACGAGCCCAUACUAGAAGAUCUGACGAAUUCCAAAAUACGAUUAGAUCAAAAUUUGGAUAAUUUCAAAGAAACAGAAACUUGUAGUACUAAACUAAGUACGGACGUGGUAUCGGUCAGUACCACAGAUCAACUGAAACCCGAAUGCAACGUAAUCAUGAAUAUAGGAGACGCCUCACUGAAUGAAGUCAUGCAAGAGAAAACAGAGGACGAAGAGAAAAAAGAGAGCUUGGAGAUACAAAGUAUCGAAGCAAAAGCAACUCUGUCAGAUUCAGACGAUUCUAUGGGCGUGGAUAACGAAAACUUGUUCAGUGCUGCUCCUGAGGAUAUGGAUCCUUUGGCAUGCGAAGAGGAUGAUACGUUAAAAAAAUUAGCCGAGGAGCAAGCUGACGAAUCUGGACAAAAAAUAGGCUUACGAGUAAAAUCCGUAUCCGAGCUUGUUUACGAUGGCUGGAAAUUGGAUUCCACCGAAAUUCCGAAAGUGUCCCGGAAACGACGUAACAGUUCCCUUGAAUCGAAUUCCGAGGAUGGAGGUGCGAGGCAGGACAAUGAGGAAACGAUGGGAGGUAAAAGGAUAAAGUUGCGAGCGAAACGUACGCCAGAUAAACAGCUGCUAAAGUCCAUGGAAGAAAAUCGGGUGGGAACGAUAAGUUCGGAAGACGAGGGUGUAAAAAAUAGUUCCGAAAAAUUGGAAAAUCGCGAAGUUAAAGAAGCUAGCGACGACCAAAGUGCUGCCCUUGCGGUUGCGAAUGACAGGAAAUCAAGGGGACGACCUAGAGGAAGACGGAGACGCGGUCAUAAACGUUCGAGACGGGCGAAACAUUCUGAAUUUCAAACUGGUCAAACUCCUGAAAUAUCACCUGAAAUUCAUCUCGAUGGAACGCCUAGUAAUAAUGAGUCCUUGAGUACGACACCGAUAUCGCAGAAGAAGCGGAAGAAAAGAAAAAUGGUUUUGGGUCUUGAGAUCGGAAGGGAUAUCGUUCCUGAGGUACAGACAGAUGUAGCUCAAGACGAAACACCUGUACGGCAAUCUAGGAGAAUAGCACAGUUGAAAAUAAAAGAGGAAGCCCAUAGGCAAAGGAUUCAGGAAGAAAUUCUUCCGACUGAAAGGAAAGAAAAGAAAGAUUCCUCAGAGAAGAAGAAGCGGAAAAAGCAAAAGCCUGAAAGCGAAGAAGAAAUCGUGAUAAAGGAAAUAGAGAAAGAAAAAAAAUCAAAAAAGAAGCGUAGAAAAAGGAAAAAGAAAAAAGUGUUGUCGAAAUUCAACGAAUCGAAUCCGUGGCAAAGUUCUUCGGGUUCCAGUAGCGAUGAUGAGAACGAGAAUGAUGAAGAAGACGAGGAAGAAGAGGAAAUAGAGAGCGAGGAAUCUCUGCUAUUUAAAAGCGAUCAUGAAUUUUCACCGGAGAGCGAUCUUGAGAAAGAUCAGGAAUCCGAGCCAUUAAGGCGGGCGAGAACUGCGCAAAAAGCUCAGAGCGAUGUCGAAGAAGCGGAAGAUGAGUACGCUUGCCAAAAAUGUGGCAAAGCGGAUCAUCCGGAAUGGAUACUUUUGUGCGAUUCUUGCGACAAAGGCUGGCACUGCUCCUGUCUCAGACCUGCGCUCAUGUUGAUACCAGAAGGUGACUGGUUUUGCCCUCCGUGUCAACAUAAUUUGCUGGUGACAAAAUUACGAGAGAGCUUGAAAACAUACGAUCAAUUUACGAAAAGGCAUGAGAAUGAAGUUUUGAGGAAGAAGCGACUAGCAUUUGUUGGUAUAAGUUUAGAUAACGUCCUUCACAAAAAUGAAUCACAACGCCAUCACAAAGAGACCUCUUCGAGAGCAUCUAGUGCAGAAUCUGACAACGACGAAGAUUCUUCGUCUGCUUCGUCCACUACAAGCACGGAAACGUCUAGCAGCGAAGAAAGCGAACCCGUAUAUCAACUACGUGAAAGACGAAGCGCCAACAAAUACAAGUUCAACGAUUACGACGCUAUGAUCAAUGCUGCGAUACAGGAUGAAGUGGAGGCUGUCCAGGGUGCUGGAAAUCAAGGAAGAGGGAAAGAUAUCGCGACCAUCGUGAACGCGGAGAAGGAAGAGGCGCAGCUUCAUUUCAAAAAUGAAGAUCUAGACAUGGAAGAAGUUCCAGAGAGCAAAGACGACAUAGCCAGGAAAUCGGAGAAAGACAGCGACGAAGAAUACAAAGUCGAAGCUGAAGAUGCUAUGGAUGAGGAAGAAGAGGAGCAGCCAGAUCAUAAAAAAGUGGCAAAGAAAUUUUUGUCGCGUAAGAAACAUCGUAAACUGAAUAGUCUUGACAUAAGCAGCGAAGAUGAUCCUGAAAGCGACGAGGACUUCAAAGGUACAAGUUCAGAAGAGGAAGAAGACUUUGAUGAUCAUAUAACAUCCUCCGAUGAGAGUACUUUCAUGGACGUAAAACGACGCAGUAGGAAAGGAGACUCGCGUUCGGUGCGAAGAAGCACUAGAGCCAGAACUACACGUUACGAUGAAGACUUUAUAAACGAUGACAGUGAAGAAAGCGACAGGCCAAAGAGAAAGAAAUCUCGAUCUACUUGGGAUUCGGAGAAUGAAGACAGUGACAAUUCGUGGGAGCAGAAAAAGAAAAGAAGUAGAACCGCAUCGACGUCUAGAUACAAACCAUUACCAAAAACGAAGAGCAGAAAGAAAAAGAAGCGAAAACGUAUAAUCGAAUCUGAUAAUCAAAGUGACAAUGAUGAUUCGAAUGAAGAAACAAGAAUUGAAACACCGUGUGAGAUGCAAACUCAUUUAGAGAACAGUGAACCUGUAAUCAGCAAUGUGAUGGAUGUCAAACUUGAUAACUUGAACGAAAAUAACGAGACGAAAAAUAUUAACGAGAUAAAAGAUAUGCAAUUAGGAGAAAUCAAUCCGACUAUACCUGAAAUACCUGCCACCUUACCGUUGGAAGAAAUAACCCAACAGAAAAAGAAAAAGGAAAUGAAGAAGAAGACACCAACCAUUCGAAGAAAAAUUAUAUACGGCGGCCUUCCGGACGAAAAUAAACCAGAGGAAGAAGAAAUAUUAAGCAGACGGACGCGCGGUAGGAAAAUGAAUUAUCAAGAGAAUGCAUCGGAUAGCGAAGAGGAAUUAAAAAAGGCGUUAAGAAGAACGGGUGAAAGCGAGGACGAGUUUGUUGUGAAUGAGGGCGAAGAACUAAUUGAUGACGCUGAGAAAGACUCUGACUCUGGCGAUACUUAUAAUCCAAAAAAGGAUGGUCAUAAAUUAAAAAAUAAAUCGCCAAAAACUAGGAAACCGAGAAAAAGUAAGAGUCCUGGCGGCAAACGAAAAAUGUUGAACGAUGGGAUGCCUAAACAAAGGAAAAAGCCUGGGCCGAAACCUGGAAGUAAAAACAAGUCACGGAAACAAAACUUUUUGCUUGGUUCAGUAAUUCAAAGAAGAGACGACAUCGUGGCGAACGUCAUGGACAAUCCUAUGGGAGAUAUAGACUCGAAGAUCGAUGACAAUCUAUCCGAAAACGUCGGAUUAAGCAGUACGGCUAUGUCGGUGGCAGGCUCUUUUACUGGGGAUGUACCGGAAGGUUCUCUGACCGGUCUCGGAGCCGGUGAAUUAGCCGACUUGGACGAUGAGCAAUUAGAACAAAUGAUGAUGGAGGACGAAGAAUACGGUAGACGCCAGUUAGAGCUUGCGGCUAUUGAAAUAGCGAAAAAGAAGAAGAAAGAAGAACGGGAAGCGAAGAAGUUGGAGAAGGCACGAAUAAAGGCGUUGGAGAUAUUGGCAGCUGAAAGACAACGAGAUCCCAACGCGCCGGAAGGAACCGACGGAGAGGUACCAAAGAAAAAGAAAAGGGGUCGUCGCAGUAAAGCCGAGAUUCUCGCGGAACAGAUGCGCAGGGAUGGAACACCAAAUUUGAAUGCUACCAGUUUGGCUGCAAGUAUGCCGCAGAAUCUAGUGACCGGCAUCUCUAACAUUAGUCCCAAUCUGUCAGCGGUCAUGACACCUGACGCGGAAAGGACAGGCGAAGGACAUAUUCCUAUGAUGACAGGACCAGACGGACAACUUUUCAACCCCGACGGAUCUCCAUUAAAGCCUAAACGAAGAGGACGUGGAAAGGGCAAAAAGACUCUCGCACUGGAGGCAGCUAGAGCCGCGGAAGCGGCAGCUAAAGCUGCCGCCGAAGCUGGUUUACUCGGAAUUGGCACCGAUUCAAAUUCGGAAAUAAAACCUGGUGAAAUUCCGAACGUACUUCCUACACCAGGUAGCAGUACCUCUGGUUCGGCUCCGUCCACACCACCUGCUGUCGUUGUAACGCAAGGACCUCCCGUCUCGCAGACGCCAACCUCGCAAACUAUUUAUCCGUCGCUACCACCUGCUCAACAGUCUUCCGUUAUCACCAGAAUGCUUCAGUCUCAGCCUGUAUCGAGUAGUCCGCAAUCGUUCUCUGCUGCGGCUGCGGCAAUGGGGCACAAGUACUUCGGAGGACCAAAUCCUGCUGGAGGCCAGAUAAUGGCUGGUCCUAGAACAGGCUACGAAAUGCAACCACGUGGCAGAAUACCUUCUCCAUACAGACAACCGGGACAAUCCACGAUCCCACCUCAUUUUGCGGCCGUAAGAUCAGGAACCCCUCCAAUGAGAAUGAGGGUACCUGGUCCGCAGAUGUAUCAUACACCGCAUCAUCCGAUGGAUCCUUCUCCAUCGGGCGGAGGACCGAUAUCAAUCAACAAUCGAGAUCGCAGUUCCCCGCUUGGACCUGGACCGGCUAUGAUACCACCAGCCGCCGGAAGUCCUCUGGCCAAAGGCGGUCCUACACCUCCUCCACCACCUCCUUAUGUUAGAGGAGCACCGCCCAUGUCUAGGUUCGCAGAAAAUCCGAUGGGCCCCAGGCAUCAGAUGCCACCUUUCACGAACGCUUCGCCGGUUAAUCACAACAUGCAACAACCAUCUCCGCCGCCUAACCGUCCUCCCGGCAACUUCUCACCGUAUCAUCCUCCGCCUCCCCCAAACUAUCACUAUGGUGCCUACCCACCUCCGCCGCCGAUGUCAACGGCAGACGAUGCAGCCGCGUAUCAGGGUUCUCCGUACCCUGCGGAUCAUUUCUCAUCCCCUGCGGAUAAUCAGCCGCCGCCGAUACAAGCACCACCACCUCCGCAGCCUCCUCCUCAACAACAAGCGCAUCCGAACGAUGCCGGUGCUGGAAACAAACAAUACGACGAAGAAGGUACCGGAGAGUUUGGCGGUUUAGUAUCAUAUUUCAGUAGCCAGAGAGAAGACGAUCUCGAUUCGUAGCAUGAGUGAGAUCUUGGCCAACCCUGAGUCGUCGCGAAAACGGCAUUAGACAAUGGCAUAUUCUAAGUCAGGUAAGAUCGCAACUUUUGCUCGAGAGGGACAAAUACAAGAGAAACAUAAAAGAAGUUUAGCAACGUGUAACGUACUCGUAAAUUAAAAAAAAGUAGAUAUAUAUAUAUAUUAUAUACAUUAUACAAAUAUGUGUCGGGGCAUUGGAAUGUUUGAAAUAACGAUGAAAGAAAGAGUAUUUGCGUACCGUAACGUUCUAGCGUAAUUUUGUACGCAUAUUGUACCGUUUUAAAAUGUUUAAGGGAAAGUGCGUAGAGUUAGAAUCGUCUUCCUCUUCGACCUCUAAAGCAAAACGUUGCUCGAGAAAACCUUUGUACUUUAAAACGAAAAAAGAAAAGCCGCCGAAAUCAAAUCCAUGGUUGGCCAAGUGGAAACGAAAA